CGACGAUCCUGAGAAACAAUACAUCAGCAGCCGUUGAAGAUUCAUAAUCAAGUUCGUUCCUUUUUUGAAUUUUUUUUUUUUUUUGCUUUAGGUAUGUGAUACUUUAGGGUUUGUUUAGUUGGUUAAGUUUUAUAGGUAGCUUGAUGGAGAAGGCAAUGAGUGAGUUAAGGCUUGUUGAUUUAAGCAAGCACAACUUCAAACGAACCCUAGAUUCUCUCCAAGACAACGCUCACUCCCUUCUUCUCCUCUCGAUUCAAUGGAAAGAAAUCGAGUCCUUUUUCGAUUCCACCAAAAGCGCUUUCGAAGAGCGAGCCAAGGAGUUGGAAGCGAUGGAGGAGUCUAUAAAGGUCCGAACUUUGGAGCUGGAGAGGAAGGAGAAGGAGGUAGGCUCGGCUCGUGAGUCUUCUGAAGCGAAAAUGAGUGAUUUGGAGAAGAAGGAGGAAGCUUUGUGUUUGGGAGGGGUGGAGAAAAGGAGGGAAGAGUUUGAAGUGUUUACAAAGAGGAUCGAAUCUGUGGAGGAAUAUUCCAAUGAGAAGGUUAGGGAGCUUGAGGAGAAAGCUAAAGAGCUUGAAUUAAAGGUUAAAGAGUUACAGCAGCAACGGAGAGAAGGGGUUAGAGCCGGAGAAAGACUUGAGUUUGAGCCACUAGUUUCACUGUUGGCUAAAACCAUGGGGACAAGUGUUACAAUGCCUACAAACUGUUCGACGUUGAGUGCAGAUUAUUUGGUUAAGAGAAACGAAGAGUUGGCAAGGGUGAUUCCGUAUUUGGACCCAGGAAAGCUGGUUUUGGAUGCUUUAGAAGUGUGUUUUAAGGAUUACUUGAAUAAAGAUUUUGGAGAAGCUGAUGAUAGUGUUGUUAAAAGUUGCGUUGUUCUGUUAGAGAAACUGACGCAGAUGAAACUGCGUAUCACACGGGAAAUGAGACAGGAAGCGAGUCAACUUGGGGUUGACUGGAUGGUUAAGGCCAAAACCAAUCCGAACAAUGACUCGCUGGUUUUAGGUUGCUUGUUGUUUGUGGCUACUUAUGGUUGGGCCUCUGGGACUACUCGUGAGAUGCUUUUUAACCUUUUGAAGCGCUUCCUUCUGUAUGAGCAGGCCCCGAAACUGUUUCGGCGUCUGGGGUUACAAGGUUAUGUUUCUGGUGUGGUUGAAACUCUAAAGAAGAACGGUGAGUACCUUGCAACGCUGAGAUUCAUCUGUGAAUUCCAAUCAUCUCACCUUUGUCAAGGAUGGCGACCAAGAGCAGUUAUGCAAGAGUUAUUGCAAUCCUUAAAAAGAGUUGCCCGCGUAUCUCAUGAGACUGGAAACGUAAUGGAGGCGGCGCAGAAAGCGAAGUGGGAGAAGAGCAAAGCCGAUGCAAACAUGGCACUUGACUGUAUCAGAGAGAAGAAAGCCGAGUCCCUAUUUUCUGAUUAUGCUCUUACACUGCUGAGUGCACUGGCGAAGGGGGAUUCAGCACCGAGAGCAACGGAACCAGUUCACAGAAGUUGUGAAAAAGGACAGAACACAGCCAAUGCUGUUGAAAAUUCUAAAGCUGAUUCUGUCAUUCCCUAUGAACAGAAGAAUGAAGCUAAACGUCAAAGAUUAACCGAACCAAUAACUCCUCUUCAGAAUUCUACAACAGUGAAUCAGGUCAAGGUUGUAUCCGCUCCUUCCGGGGAGAAGGUUGAGGAAUCAGGAGUAAAUCAUCAUCAGCCAGAUGCCAACGCAACUUAUCCAUUAAGCACCGAAACUGAGCCAAAGAUUCUCUCUGGUUCAAUCAACGCGGACACAUUAAGGAAGUUAUUAGAAAAGCAACCUCCAAAGGAGAGUGAUAUCUUUAAUGCUAUUAAAUGCACUUCAGAUCCAGCAAAGCUUGUUCUAGACACAUCCAUGGCUCUUUGUCCUAAAACCCGGGAAGAGGGCUACGAGUUCAAACUGCUGGUUACUUCAGAUAGUUGCUCCUUGUUGUUGGAUCAGCUGAAGAAGCUCCCGCCUCAAAAUGAAGAUCCUAUGAAAGCCGAUGCGAAGAAACUUGCGGUUCACUGGAAAGAAAAGGUCUCAAAGAGUAAGACUGAUGAAUUGGAAGUCGUUUGUUUCCUAAAGUUUCUAGGUAUCUUCGGAAUUGUGUCAGAGUUCAAGGCUCAUGAUCUUCUAGGUCUACUCGACAGUUCUUAUUGGCAAACUGUAUCUCCUGAUCUUUGCCAGUUCCUCGGGUUGGACAGCGCUGUUCCAGGCUUCAUUAAAAAACUCAUAAAAACUGGGCAUCGUCUCAAGUCAGUAGACUACAUAUACUCAUUUGGUAUGGUCCAUAGAUUCCAACCUGUCUCCGCUAUCAUAAACGAUUCCUUGAGGAUUACAAAGGAAUCUGCGGAGAAGUCAUAUAGUGACGCCAAGAACGAAUCGGCAGCACAGACUGUAAAGGUUGCAGCCAUAGAGAGGCAGAUAAAAUCACUAAGAGCAGCCAUUAGAUGCAUAUUGCGUCACAAACUCGAAUCAGACUUCCAACUCGGAGACCUCGAGGGACAAAUCAAGUCACUUUCGAAACUUAGAAGAACGACCCUAUCUGAUGGAUCUGCAACAAAACCCGGCUCGACAGUGAAACAACCCCAGACGGUAAUACCACCAACAUCAGCAGAGCUUGGUGCUGUAACCAGCAACACACCUUUGGAACCUUCAACGACAGCUGCUUCCUCCUCCUCCGUGAGCGAACCUGGCUCCACGAGUAUCAUGAAGAGAGGACAAAAACGCAGCUUUUCAGAUAACAAAGAGAGCUCAGUACAGGUUACUUCGUCCCCAAGCAAUCACUCUAACGGGGAUGGUGGUGGCCAUUCCUUGAAUGAAAGACAGUCUGAUUCUGUUGAUCAUGACAACAGAGGUCUCACCGGAACUUCUAACUCCAACAAGAAUCAAAGUCAGUUGUCACAACCAGAGGGACCUCUCUAGUUUUAUCAACAUUUUGAUCCUCUUUAUCGGAAAAAAUUGUAGUGCUUUAUAGCUUGUUGUGGGCACUUACUGGUGUGUUUGCAGGAGUAACAAGGUUGCAAACAAAUUGUUUAGUUUUUCUUCUUGAACUUGGUAUGAAUUUGCUCAAAAAAGAUAAAUAAGAACUUGGUACAAAUAUUUAGUAUUUUGGUU